AUGUCUAAAUUAUAUGAUACAAAUAGAAAAUUCAAUAAUACAAAAAAAUAACGAUGGGUAUAAUUAUUAUAAUAAAAAUUUUCUACAGGAAACAUUAACUGCAAAUAUUGUAAAUAAAGAAAACAUCCAAAUUAACAAUAAAAUAGUUGCAACUAAAACAAUAAAAAAGUGUACAACUGCAAUUAGUUUUGAGAAAAAAAAACCUUUGCCUCAAAGAACAAUAACAAAAUAUUUCAAAAUGACGAAUAUAAAAAAAUAUCAAAACUUAUAAUUAUAUGACUCAAAAGGAAAUGUAAGAGAAUUCUUAUGUUAUGAUGACAAAGAAUUAAAAAUACCUCCUGCUUAUAACUAAAUUAUUUCACAUGUAUUAAAAUGUUAUAAUAAUUAUACUAGUCUAUGGAUAAUGAUUGUUAAUCUGAUAAUGAACAAGUUGAAUCUGCUGUUAGAUAACUUACAUACUUUCUCGAAUCUACUUUAAAUUAAUAUAAAUAACACUCUUUAUGA